CAUUAAUUUUCUUUUUGACAUCUCAAAAUUUAAAGUUAAAUUUUUAAAGUUAAAAUAAAAAUACAAAUAAAAAAAUGUCGCAUUACGAACCAUGUUGCCAACCCGAACCACCGCCAGUUUUGGCACCACCUGGUGCUCGUAUCUGUUCAAUGAUCCCCAUCCCUGUUUGUCCUGGUCCACCACCACCAGUGUGCCCUUUGGAUCCCAUUCCAGUACAGUGUUGCCCUGAGCCUGUCUUAAACAUAAUUUAUCCCGUAAUACCACCCUGUAUACCGACGUGUCCCAUUUGUCCACCACCCUAUCCACCAAAGGGUUAUCUUCCAUGCAAACUUUAAUGAAAAUGUAUGAAUUUAUGUUUAUCUGAAACGUGAAAAAAAGAAUAAGAAAUGUUAUUUUUGUUGAAUAUUAAUGUAAAAAGGGGAUUUUUAAGUAUGUAAUUUUUUAUUUUGAAGUUAUUAAAUGUGAUUCGACAUUGA